AUAAUUCCACUUAUUUGAAAAAUUACAUUUGCGUGGGUUUCCCUAUUCUGCCUUAAAAAGUGGCCACCGGUCUCGCUUCACGAGCCGGAUAGCCUCCUCCUCGCAUACUCGCCAGGCCGAGGAUAUAUAAGGCCACAAAAAAACAUUUGCUGUGCAGGGUCGGCCACUUAGCAGGUGUAUUGGAACUACAACAGGCUGUCAUAGAAUCAAACAGACAUGGCUGAUUCAUCAAAGACAAAAGAAAAGAAAGGAGACAUCCCCAUGCCACCAAUGUCUUGCAUUGUGUGCAUCUACACUCUGGGCUUCAUGGACCUGUUCGCCAUCAGUCUGAUCCUGCCGCUGCUGCUCUCGCACGGGGAGCAGCUGGGCGCCUCUCCGAUGAUGAAUGGCCUGGUGGGGUCUGUGUACGGGGGUCUGCAGCUCAUCUCUAGUCCCAUCUGCGGAAGCUUCAGCGACCAGUAUGGCCGGGCCCGUGUGCUCAUCAUCUCGCUGUUGGCGUGUACGGUCAGCUACCUGACGCUGGCCUUCUCCGAGACCAUCCUGCUGCUGGUCAUUUCACGGGUUCUGGCAGGCUCGUUCAAGCACACGCAGACCAUGUGUCGGAUGCUGCUGGUCGAUCUGGAGCCGCCGUCGGAGCGGCAGCGCGUCAUCGGAUGGUUCAACGCCAUCUCCAGCAUGGGCUUCAUCGUGGGCCCGCCGAUUGGAGGACACCUGGCCGGCAUGGACGGCGGCUUCAGGCUCGUCACCCUCAUCUGCGCCGGACUGUUCGCUACCAUGUUCGUUUUGUCGUGUCUGCUGGUACGUGACGGACCUCGCGCGCAGCACCACGCCGCCGCCACCGCCGUCGGUGAGUCCCUCACCUCCUUCACCGAUGUCGACUGGCUGCGUAUCGGCGACCUGAUGGUGGUGCGCUUCUUCUACGCCUUCUCCGUGCUCCUGUUCCGCGCCAACAUGCCUUCGACGGCCGCCCGGCUGUUCGGUAUGACGCCCGUGCAGUUCGGCUACCUCAUGUCGAUGCAGGGAGUGGUGAGCGCCGGUGCCGGCUUCCUCACCGGCCCUAUAGAGCGGUUCUGCGGGGAUCGUCUGACGGAACUGGCGCUCACAUCCGCUGUGUUCACGGCGGCUCUGACGGCAGCCAGCCUGGCGCCGAGUAUCACCUGGCUAGCCGUGGCACUGAUACCGCUCUGUGCGUGCACGUCUUCACUGCGCGCGUGCGGCACGGCUCUGACCCUGGACCGCACGCCGCCGGCGCACCACGGUCUGGUGAUGGGCGCGGGUCAGAACAUCGCCUCCGUGGCGCGGCUGGCGGCGCCGCUGGCCGCUGGUGCCGCCCAGCAGCUGGUCAGCGACCGAGGACCGGGUCUGGUGGCCGCCGCGUGCGCCGCCAUCGCGCUAGGAGUGGCUGUCUACAUCCGCCAGGCGGCGCGGUCCAAACGGGAGAAACAGGAGUAGCCGGCUGGAUGCGGGCGGUCGCUCGACAAAGGUGAGCUGACUGCAAUAUCACCGUGAAGAGUGGAUACUGUGAGAGACGUGAUACGAUCAAAGGCGGGUAUCGCAUGCCGUCUUUUCGUCACUCAGUAUUUGGCCAAAGUUGACGGUGAGUCACAUCUGAUCUCACUGUGUUCGGCUGUGUGGGAUGGCUGGUGGCUAGUAGUAUUUGAGAGCAGUGUGUGAGUGUGUCGUUGAAUUACCUACAAGGAAAAACGCCUAUCAGCUAUUGGUGCUCGCUCAACUUUAUUCGGUACAGGGUUACGGCAAAUGGCAUUUAACUGCAUAGCACACAACUCCCUUUCGAGGAAUGUGAAGAUGGAGGUGGUAUAUUUAUAUGUUUUAUAUCCCAUCCAAGGUAUCUUGGCCUAUAGUCUGUUUCAUUCCAAGUUUGCAGUCGGAGUUUCUUCGGCAGAUCCGGCAGAUCGCUCCUCCGCUCAAGAAUUUGCGUCUUAAAAUGUAAAAGCUGAAUAUAAAGAAAUCUCGCACUGCUUUCAGCAGGGCACUUCGGCUGCAAGCUUGAAACGGAACAUAGUAUAGUUUGUGCUAUCAUUAUAUUUUUUUAACUACUUGCUAAAUUUAUACAGGGUAAUUGCAGUUGUUCUCCAAUCACUCCAUAGGAUGUCUUUUGCCUAUGCUUCAAAUCAUUUAAGGUCACAUUGUGUGCUUGUUAUGGCGCCAGCGGUCAUUAAAGUGAUUGGUAUAUUCUGUUAAUUGUUAUAUCGGUAUGCUUUAUUCAAUGAUUUGAGUUAAAUAUUCUGACAGGCGCAACAAGUCAUAUUUUCCAGCUAAAUACUCGCUGACUUUCAAAACUAGCCAGCAUCGGUAUUGAAUCGCGAUCUUUGUGAAUACGCCUUUAUGGAAGUUCAUAGUGGAACCUGCUAGGUGAAAGGCCUGUGUCGGGAAUGACAGUUGAAACACAUGGGCAGAUUUGUUACUUGUUGGGGAAGGGACCAUGAAUACAUUCUAUUGAAGUGCA